AUGUGUGGAUUCAUUCACACUCAACAGUGAUCAUGUAGCCUGCAGUAUACACUGUAAUUCUAGUAAAUAAUACUCAUCAGUAUUGACUUUUUAUCUUUCGGUUUCAAGAAAGACGAGAGACUGCGUCUCGUUAUAUUCUUAUGCAUUAAACUCAUCUUGAGUCAUUUGGAGUCUGGUUUGUAUAUAUUAGUCUUAUUUUAUUUAUAUAUAUUUUUAAAUGUCCACUUUAAUUACUGGCCAAGAAGAAAUGGAUAUAAAGUGUCGUGUAGCCGGAGGUCGAAAUAUCUUGUGCUUGUUUGAUGUGGAUGGAACGCUGACACCCCCGAGAGAGAAGAUCGACCCUGAGCUGGACGAUUUUUUCCAGGCCUUGAGAAAGAAGGUGAAGAUCGGCGUGGUGGGCGGUUCAGAUUAUUCCAAAAUCGCAGAACAGCUCGGAGAAGGAGAUGAAGUCAUUCACAAGUUCGAUUACGUCUUUGCUGAAAAUGGAACAGUACAAUAUAAAGAUGGCAAACUCAUCUCUAAACAGGCCAUUCAGAAUCAUCUGGGCGAGGAGUUACUACAGGACCUCAUCAACUUCUGUCUCAGCUACAUGGGGCUGAUCAAACUACCCAAGAAACGAGGGACGUUCAUUGAGUUUCGUAAUGGCGUGAUCAACAUCUCACCCAUUGGACGCAGCUGCACGCUAGAAGAGCGAAUUGAGUUCUCUGAAAUCGACAAGAGAGAGAAGAUACGAGAGAAGUUCGUGGCUGCUCUGCAGAAGGAGUUUGCUGGAAAAGGUCUGCGGUUCACCAGAGGGGGUUUGAUCAGUUUCGACAUCUUCCCAGAGGGCUGGGACAAACGCCUCUGUCUGGACGUCCUGGAGCAAGAAGGAUUUGACACCAUCUACUUUUUUGGAAAUGAAACUUCGUUGGGCGGAAACGACUACGAGAUCUUUGAGGACCCUCGUACCAUUGGCUUCUCCGUCUGCUCCCCUGAAGACACAGCACGGCUUUGCAGGGAGAUGUUCUUUAACGCUCCUCCCAAUGAGGCAUGAAAGUGGCUGCGUCCACCUGCACGUACACCAGACUGCCUGAUUGUAGCUCUCCUGCGCCCACUGCUGGUCACUGUGGGUAAUGCAGUCCGCUGCACUGAGCCUGAGAACCAUCAGACAUGGAGACAAAACCAAACCACUGCUGAUCUGCAGACUAAAGGGACUGUAUGUAAAUAUCACUGACAGAGUGUGUUCAUAGUUUUUUAGUAUUCAAAUAUUAAUUUUAAGUCUCAAGAUCUCCCAGAUUUUCAUAAUAAAAAGGGUUUUACUGUGGCCACGUUCACACUGCAACAAUUCCAGAGUAACAGUUGUAUUUAAAAUACAAUGAAUCCACUGAAGGAUGCUCAGAAUAGAGGGGCCAGUUGCAUAACGAUAGUCAUUAUGUUAAGACGGUGUCUUAAUUACUAGUUUGACCAACUAGCCUUGCUUUUUGGAUUCAAAUUAGACAAAUCUACCUUUUUGUGACUGACAAGAAAGUUAUGACCAGUCUUGAAGAAAAAAAAAGACUAACUUUUUAAGACUAGUCUAAGCGGUUUAUGCUACCGACCACAGGACUGGUUCCAGAAAUUCUGACGGUUGACAUAGUGCAGUAUUUGACAUCACAAAGCUGUAAACUAGAAACAUGGAAGCCAACCCUUUUAAUUUGUCUUUUUACCAAAUUUAUAUUAGGUAUCAGUUAUUAGUAAGAGGGUUUGUUUUUUUUUUUGUUUACCUUGUGUGCUCUGUCACUUAAUGGUGCUUUAUUCAUUUAAAGGAAUAGCUAAAUGAUUUAAAAGGAUUUUGUAUUUACAAUUUAUUGUAAAAAUAAUACAUUUAAACUGUUUUAUUUUAAAAUAUUCGCGCAUCCACUCUUAACAUGCAGGAAACUGCUCGUUUUGUCGCAUUGACAAUCGCUUGAAUCAUAAAUGAUAGAAACAUAAAACAUAAAUGAUAUCGUCAAAAAUGUGAAAUCUGACAAAAAGUUGAGUUUUUUGCAUACCUGGAUAUUAACAUUGGUCACUAUAGCAUUUAUGGCGUACAGCGGUUGUCAGAAAUUAAAUGUUUUGCAAUAGCUUACAUACCUCACAUUCUUCAACCGUUAAAACUGAACUGUAGUGCUGGAAUUCCCGCUCGCUUUUUUGAACGACAAAGCCCGCCUCCUUUGAUUUGAUUGGCCAUUGUGAUCAUUUACAAUGGAGUUUUAAAACUUUUGCCAUCCUAUCAAAAAAACAGAGCAAUAAGUACAGCUGAGUAGUAUUAACAAUAUCAGAAAUUGAGGGACUUUUUUGUGAGAUACUGAAGACACGGACCUGUUCCUGUGGUGUUCAGCACCUCAGACGAGCCUUUGAUGUCCAAAACAGUUAAGUAAGUAAUAGGAUCUUAUGAAAUGCUGCUGUCACUGAGUAUUCGGGACAUCGGAACUGCGGUGUGAACGUGACCACUGUGUCUCUGACCAAUUGCAAGGCGAUGAAACGAGUGAUCAUGUGUUUGUUCCACGUGAAGCUUAAGUUUUGUUAUGGUUUUGUGAUCUUAUUUGAAAUGUUUGUGAUUGUAGCUGAAUGUGGCAAUAUCUCGGACUGGACUCAGAGAUAUUUUACAAGAUGAUAAAAAUCCCUCAUAUUUAUAAAUUAAUGAUGGAGCUUCGCGUAUGACAGAGAUUGACUGAAACGACAAAAAUCAGAUCUAACGCUAGUAAUAGUUGGUCUUGAUUUGUCGCAUCGCUCUCUUUUAGCGUGAUUAAGAAUCUGUUUAGAUGUGAUGUUUAUGUUUUAAUCAUUCCAGAAAGAAUCAGUGAAACACUCCCGUUGAUCCCUAAAACAUGAUGCUGAUCCCACAGAUUUUCUGGGCAUUUUUAAGACUUUCCUUAAUCGGGCAUCGUGACUGACGGAUGCUAAUAUGAAUGUUAAUGUAGCGUUGCUUCAUAUCUGAUCACAUAAAUGCACUUUAACUUAAAUUGAUUUAAUUGAGUCAUAUCGUAAUUUGAAGAAAAUGUGACCUUCAUUCUGUUCUAUUAAACAUACUCAAUUAUUGAG